AUGUCUACCGAAGGUAAAAUCAUCACAUGUCAAGCCGCUGUCGCUUGGGAAAAGGGACAAGACCUUUCAAUUGAAACCAUCGAGGUUUUGCCACCAAGAGCACACGAGGUCAGAGUCAAGGUGGAGUACACCGGAGUUUGCCACACAGAUGCUUACACUCUUUCCGGUAACGAUCCCGAGGGAGAGUUCCCCGUGAUCUUUGGCCAUGAAGGUGCUGGUAUUGUCGAAUCUAUCGGUGAAGGCGUGACCAACGUCAAGGUGGGCGACUCGGUUGUUCUCCUGUACACUCCAGAGUGUAAGGAGUGCAAGUUCUGCAAAUCUGGAAAGACCAACUUGUGUGGAAAGAUCCGUGCUACCCAGGGCAAGGGCCAGAUGCCGGAUGGAACCGUCCGCUUCAGAUGCAAGGGCAAGGAAUUGCUCCACUACAUGGGCUGCUCGUCCUUCUCCCAAUACACCGUCGUUGCGGAUAUUUCUUUGGUUGCCGUUGACCCAUCUGCUCCUAAGGACCGUACCUGUUUGCUCGGCUGUGGUAUUACCACCGGAUACGGUGCUGCCGUCAACACUGCUAAGAUAACCCCAGGUGACAACAUCGCCAUCUUUGGCGCUGGCUGCAUUGGUCUUUCUGUGAUUCAGGGUGCUGUGACCAAGAAGGCUGGCAAGAUCAUUGUGGUCGAUAUCAAUGAGAACAAGAAGAAGAUGUCGUUUGAGUUUGGUGCUACCGACUUUGUCAACCCAGCCACCUUGCCUGAGGGCGUCACCAUCGUGGACAAGCUGAUCGAGAUGACCGAUGGUGGUUGCGACUUCACCUUUGACUGUACCGGAAACGUCCAGGUGAUGCGCAAUGCUUUGGAGGCGUGCCACAAGGGAUGGGGUGAGUCCAUUAUCAUCGGUGUUGCUGCCGCUGGUAAGGAAAUCUCCACCCGUCCAUUCCAGCUUGUCACCGGAAGAGUCUGGAGAGGUUGUGCCUUUGGUGGUAUCAAGGGUCGUACUCAAAUGCCUCAAUUGGUGCAGGAUUACAAAGAUGGUAAGAUUAAGGUUGACGAGUUCAUCACCCACCGUCACCCAUUGAAAGACAUCAACAAGGCCUUCCACGACAUGCACGCUGGUGACUGUAUCAGAGCGGUUAUCACCAUGGACUAA